AUGGCAACGGGGACUUAUGUUCGAUUAACAAAGGAACAAGAAUCCUCAUUGCAAAACAUUACUCCUGGAGAGCUUAAUCAACCCAUUGAUGUCCAAAAGCAAUCAUGUGCUAAAUGUGAGCAUUGUGGGCAAAAUCUACCUCCAUCAUAUGAACCUCCAGCUGAUGAAGAUUGGGCAACUGGAAUUUUUGGGUGUACAGAAGAUGUUGAUAGUUGCUUGAUUGGGCUUUUUUGCCCAUGUGUUUUGUUUGGACGACACAUGGAGACAUUGAAUGAUGAAAUUUCAAGUAGAGGAGCUUGUGUUGGUCAUUUGGUGUGCAUUGAAGGUGGCAUUGCUCUUGCUGCACUUACUGCAGCAUUUCAUGGCAUUGAUCCUGAUACUGCAUGCCUUAUUACUGAGGGUCUCCUCUUCUCUUGGUGGGUUUGUGGUAUCUAUACUGGCAUGGGUCGACAAAUGUUGCAAAGAAAAUAUCAUCUUAAGGAUUCACCAUGUGAUCCAUGUAUGGUGCAUUGUUGUUUGCAUUGGUGUGCUAUGUGUCAAGAACACAGAGAGAUGAAGCUUCAUUUAUCAUGUAAUGAUAACCCAACAACAACAGUUAUAGACCCACCACCAGUUCAAGAGAUGACUACAAGUGAAAAUGAUGAUCAGGCUGUAGCUAAUUCUUCUGGCAAAGAAAUUGUACCAUAUGAAGAUUUGGAGAUUGAAUCCCCCUAA